GGAAUCUCACGAUGGAUCUCGGAGAUACUAAACCACGACUGAGGCGUACGCACGGGUACAGAGCACGAAAAGGUCACUCUUCCCCACUCACCCCCGGCGGCGGGAAAUGAGCGACCUUCGCAUGAUGGCAACCCCUCUCCCUUCGCUGAGGGGGUGAAGAGAAAGGAAGGACCUUCUCAAGAUGGCAGGGCGCCGCAGUCACAUCCCUUCCUUUGAUUGGUCGCCAGUUGCCCGGGGACGGUUGCUCAGGCAACUUGUGAAACGGACAAGAUGGCGAAGAUUAGCCGGGUUUCUCCCGCUUGCGGCUGACCGACAGAGUGAGCGAAGCAUUGAUUGAUUGGCUGGGCGUCCGUCCUGUCCGAUAAUGCAAGGAAACCUGACCAGGUAAGUUCUUCAGUUUGAUCGGGUUCCUGAAAUAAUAUUUCUGAAAUGAAUGAAGAAGAGGCUGCAGAGGAGAACAAAUCUCCUUCUUCUGAAAAUAUUAACCCCUUGCCAUCGGACACAGAUCUUCAAAAUCCAGAUGAAGAAAUAACAAAGGACGCCUGUAAACUAUACAAAAAUGACACUGUCAGGAUCACUACUUCAGAGCCAUUUAUGUACAGACACCGACCAACAUCAGAAAAAACACAGGAUAUAUCUUACAUAUUGGCGAGUAUCUUCAAAGAGGUUUAUACUGGAGACGUGAUUGGAAAAGAUAUAAUGAAGAAUCUUGUGAAAUCGAAAGGUGGAGACAAUGCUUACCAUGAGAAAUUUGUGCAACAACUCCAAGAGAUUAACGAAGAGUACGAGAGGCGAAUCACAGAGGCUGACACUGUUGAGAAGCACAUCAUCCAGGCCCGAGCACGAGCUGCAGCAGCAGAGGAGAAGGCUCUGAACAGAAUAAAGGAGGAGAGUGGAAACAGUCUUACAUCAGUGGGAUUGCCUCCAGAGAAGUCCAUGAUUAUGUGUUGUGUGGACAGUGAACUACUGAAGAAGCACAAUUUAAUCAUUCCUGAGGAUUAUAUCACAGAGGACCCAGUGAGGAGAAAAGCAGCAGUACCUGCAGAGAAGUCCACAGUCCAUUAUUCAGAGCUAACAUUCAGCUUCAAACAGCACAUUUCUCAAAGCCCAGUGGAUAACGGUUGCUUAGAUAUGUCCCCACCUAAGAAACUAUGGACAUUGCAGGAAGACAUCUCAUCCUUAACUUUACCGCCUUUACCAUCUCCUGCUGAAUCUACAAGUUUGAAAAAAUCCAGCCUUCAGGAGGAAAAGUUCAAGAAGAGAAUUUGGAGAGAUGAGCCGCCUAUGGCUGAUCGAAUCCAGGCACGAGAAGAUAUGAUAAGGUUGGAGAGAUGUCACAACUUCCUGAAGAACCCACGCUACUUGCCCCCUCAUCAGGGAGGCAAAUCACUUAUCAUUCCUAAGAAAAAAGUGGAGAAGAUGGUUGGUGAUAGAAAGAUAUUUGUCGAGGAAAGUGACCCUGCCGAACUUAUUCCUGUUUUUCUGGCAAAUCCACCGGUUAUUCUGUUCACGGAUUAUAAAGUGGGUCAAGUGUACGAGACAACUGUUGAGCUGCGGAAUAUGACAUCCAGUAGCCGUCACCUCCGAGUCAUCCCGCCAAGCACUUCAUUCUUUUCUAUUGGACUGGGUAGGUUCCCAGGAGAAGGUGGGAUUGUUGCUCCAGGCAUGAGCUGCCAAUACACAGUUCGAUUUGCUCCUGACUCCCCGGCUGAAUACGAGGACUUUCUUUUGGUGGAGGCACAGACGCCAUAUCCACUUGUGAUUCCUAUUGAAGCCCGAAGGCCACCUCCUAUACUAACAUUACCUGGUACUUUAGACUGCGGGUACUGCUUGGUGGGAGGAGUGAAGUUCACAGAAUUCCUGUGCAAAAAUGAAGGGUACAACUCUGGCUGUUUCUGUAUAAUGCCUAAGAGAAUGUGGCCAACAACAAACUUCAGGAGCGUGGCAGUAGCUGGUUUCCUGGACAUCGCUCCGUUUGCAAUCAGACCAGCUGUGUUUGAGCUGCAGCCAGGCCAGGCUCUGAUGCUGGAGAUUGCUUUCCUUCCAACUACUGCAGAAACUUUCUUCCAAACUGUUACCAUGGUUUGUGACAACUGCCAAGUGAAAGACUUUGUACUAACAGGCACCGGCCAGCAGGUUGCUUUACAUUUCAUCUCCAUCAGUGGUGGGGAAAGCACGCCUGCCCUAGGAGAAUGCAGAGACAUAACAGCAGAGCAUUUUGUUUGCUUUGAAGCAACAAACCCACACGUUUAUUCUCAGAAGGUGCUCACCCUCCGCAAUGCUACUCAUGUGAAUCUUCCCUUUUGUUGGCAAAUACUGAAACCAAAUCUGAUGUGUGCUAUUCCUGGAGAGUCGAUUGAUCACACUAACCUGGAAUACAAUCCAGACCUAACAUCAGCUUUUCACAUCUGCCCGGAGGAUGGGGACUUGGAGCCCCACCAUGACCACGAGUUUAUCAUCACUUAUUUCCCGCAAGAGCUGAAAGAAUACCACAGUGUGUUUUACCUUGUCCUGCGUGAUGUUCCUGAAUCCGCAAAUGGCAAUGAAUGUGACGCUGAUCCUAGGAAAAAUAACUUAGAAAGAUCUCUAAAAGCCAUUUCGGCAUCUGUCAGUAAUAUUAUUGCCAUGGAGAUAGAGGUUAAAGGUUACACUGACCCAUUCCAGGUCCUGCUGAAACCUUAUGCCAUUCUAAUCCCGGGUGAGAACUACAUGAACAUGACUUUGAAAAGGUAUUUUCAGAUGUGGAACAACAGCAAAUCAGCCAUCUACUUCGAGUGGGAUAGUGUGCAUGAUACUCACAUCUUGGAAGUGAUACCGCCUUGUGGCACAGUAGAGGCUAAUAGCUACUGUGACCUGGAGCUGUUACUUACUGGGGGCAAGCCUGAGAAAAUGGCCUACCAUCUUCAGUGCCACAUCAGGUACCAUGAAGAACCAGCCACCCUUUACGUGGAGGCAACCUUUGUGGGCCCACAGGUUUGUAUAGACCUUCCAUCUCUGGAUUUCUGCCUGGUACGGUUUGGAACCAGAGCCACUCGCAGCCUGUACAUCAAGAACACGUGCCAGUUGCCAGCGUCCUGGUGUUUGCAAGAGAGUGCUGCUUGUCUGAGUGAGCGGGGUGAAGAGGCCUCACAAUUUACCUUUGAACCAUCCAGUGGAGAACUGCCACCACUGUCCGACUACAACGUGAAUAUCCUGUUUACACCCACCAAGUGUCAAAGCCUGAAGACAGUUCUUGAACUGAAAGUGGAAAAUGGGAAUACAAGUUACAUUGCAGUGCAGGCUGAGGUCCAGGAGGUGCAGGUCUGCCUGCUGAGUUGUGCCAUCGUUUUUGACGAGAUCUACAUUGGUGUUCCAGCACGAGAGAUGGCAAAACUGUUUAACCAAACAAUGCUGCCUGCGAAAUGCUCCUGGGGAGAGGUGCACAAGAACUAUGCACAUCAAUGUAGAGUUAAAAUCAGCCCAGCAUGCAUCACCUUGGGACCAAAUGAAGAGGCAGCAGUAUACGUAGAGUUAACAGUACUCAGCGCAAAUGAACUAAAUGGAGCUACAGUCUCGUGCACAGUGGAGGAAAUGAAGGAACCACUUUUGCUGGAAUUAUAUGCUAAACCAAGAGGCUUGAAUAUAACUUACAGCAUUCCUACUGAUGAUCAUGAGGAGAGUGACUUGCUGGUUCUGGACUUCAGUGAAAUGAUGGUGCACAACACUAUGAAGAGAAAGCUACUAAUUACCAACAACACUGCCAUUGCAGGACCGUUCAGUCUGGAGGUGGAGUACUUCAGCAGCUGCCCGCCCCUUCCCCCUCCCAUCAGCAGGCCACCCCAUGGAUCUCCGUCCAGUCACUCAAGAACACCUCUCCUGAAGAGAACAGUGAGCCUUACAGAAGGUCCAAGCAAGUCACAGGACCAGCUGCAGCGUGAAUUUGCAGGUGCACUCCUGUGCCACAGGAAAGGUGCAGCAUUCGUCCUGCAGCCCUCUACAGGAAUCCUGGAACCGUAUCAGCAGCAGGUCAUCGAAAUCACCGCCUAUGCCAACAUGUGGGGAGAUUACCAGGACCAGCUCAUUUGUAGAGUUGCAGAGCUCGACCCUACAAAGAUUCCCAUACAGUUGUCUGUCAACGGCGUUCCAAUCUACUUCAAGGUUUUAGGCCCACAGAAGGAUAACCAGAAGCAAGGACCCAUGGUCAGGUUUGGAACCCACAUUUCUGGAGGUGACACUGUGUCCCGUUCCCUGCGGCUUAUCAACACAGGUCCCUGUGACAUCAGACUAGACUGGGAGACGUACAACGUAGAGUUGAUGGACUUGCAGCUGGUGGACUUGUUGAUAACGUACGGACAGGAAUUCCCACUGAAGGAUGAGAGUGGAAAUGAGAUCAUCAGCACCAGUGCCCCAUCCCGCGAGAGUGCUCCCUCCUGGAACUGGGAUUCGAUACCCAACAGCGCAGAAAGCAGCGCUUUGGGCCUCCAGACAGAACGUGACAUAGAAGAGGAGGAGGAGCCUGUGGAUAAAGAAAAUACAAUGCGAACUGAUGAUCUCAUUUCUGUGGUGCUGCGAGUUCAUGAGGGCCUUGCAGCAGAUUAUCCAUAUUACGUGACUCCCAGGCAGAUGGUGGUCCCUGCUUGUGGCUGUACCACCAUCAAUGUCUCCUUUACUCCACUUGCUCUGAACGGCAAAGCAAGAAACGUAGAGUGCAAGGGCUUUGCGCUUGGGUACCUUAGUCUGGAUGACAAGGUGGCAUUUGGUGUACCUGGGAAGGUAAAACGAGACCAAGGAUAUAAGACAGAGCCUUUGCGGAUAGACUUUGCUGCAACUGUUAGGGCUGCAAUGCUAACGGUGGAGAUUGAUGACGAUGAUGACGAUAACCUUAUGUUUUAUGCGGCAGCAAGUGAUUUGAUUCCUGAUGGUCUGAAUGGAAAGAUACAGCGAGAGGUCCUGAGGACACGCGGCUUGAAGCUGACAAACCCCAUGGAGACCCCCCUGUGCUUCCACUUUUUGUUGCAAAGACCCUUCUGUGUCUUGGACGUGGACCCCAAAAAUACCCUAAAAUCUUCAAGCAGUGACCGGGAGGAGAACACUAAGUUUCUGGUGUUACACCCACAGCAGCACAUGCACGUCACUGUAGCAUUCUGCUCUUCCUGGGAGUUGCUGAGUCUCCGGGAGAUUAUGUGCACAGAGAAGGAACCGAAACUGGUGUUUGAACAGGACCUAGUGAUUGAGUACAACAACAAGAGUACACAGCUCAUUCCGCUCCAGGCAUGUUUCUUCCUGCCAUGCUUUGAGGUCUCCACCGAAGAUGUUGACUUUGGUACCUGUUUAGUUGGGCAGACUCGAUCGAAGGACGUUUUCCUGCUCAACAAAUCAAGGUCAAAGAGUUACUGGACGGCGGUCUUAGCUCCCAGCCAAGGCCAGGAGGAUGAGGGUGUUUUUCAAAUUUGUCCCACAUGUGGGAUUCUGGAGGCACAUGUCAUCCAAUUAUCAACGAGCAGGACAGCAUUACAAAUCAACUUUACUGCCAGGGACAGUAAAACAUACAAAGCCAGUGUCACCAUUCAAGGAAUACUGGGAGAGCGACCCUUAACAUUCAUGCUGCAAGGAAGGGGAUCAAUUGAUGAAAGGUUUGAAGCUACAUACACUCCGUAAGGUCAGCAGAAACCAAUGUACUUGAUGGACACCCUAUUUCAUUAACAAGUAUGACACCCUACAC